AUGAAGACAUCUACUAUCCUUCUCACGACGACGACCAUGUGCGUCCUCGCUACUGCUACAUCUCUCCCGAGUUCCGAAACUUUGGCUACCAGCGACAUCUGGAUAGGUCUGAACUUGAACAAAUGUCUAGUUAAUGCCGAAGUCAUUCCCCAGGCCAACCUCGAAGCUCAGAAAGUCGUUACCAAAGAGGUCAUCGAUGCCUACAACGUCUGGGAUAUCGAAAGGAUUCUCGCAUACCGAACUCCGGACUGCAAGCAACAAAUCCUACCCGCUACUCUCAACCGCUCACCUAAGAGUAACGACGAGUACCGCGCAUACUUUGAAACUAUUGAGCCCUUGUACAUCAAUUUCACAGCCACAGUCUUCCAAGAGACGCAUGACUCCGAGGCGCACACUUGCAUCAUACAUGCACGCAGUACGGCGUCGACGCCGAUCGGCCCAUAUGCGAAUGAAUAUGCACUUAUUCUAACCUUUACAGAGGAUGGUACGCAAGUUAGACAAUUCGACGAGUUUGUCGAUUCGGCAUACACUCUGGAGUUUGGGGCGAGGUUGGCUGCAUUCUUGGCGAAUGGGACGUCGACUGAUCACUGA